CCUCAUCGUCGUGUCUCGUUCUAUUCCGUUCAUCUCGGAACUCGCCGUCGACAGAGGAGACCACUCGCCGCCGCCGCCAGGCGCUAGGCCGCUAGCCCUUGCCGCUGCUGUCCCGCCCUCUCUAAACAAAGGGAUCAGAAUGGCUCUGCGGGCCGCAAGGAGGCUAGCGUUUUGUAGCCGCCAAGGACGCCGCCUCCUGCCCUCUCCGGCUCCGGCUCCGGCUCCGGCUCCGGCACCAUGCAAUCGCAAGGCGGUCCCGGCGGCGGCAUUCCUCCACUCCCACGCCACCAGCUUCGGGUACAAGCAGGUGCGCGAAGAGGAAAAGAGCAAAUUGGUUGGGAACGUCUUCAGCAGCGUGGCCUCCAGCUACGACCUCAUGAACGAUCUCAUGAGCGUCGGCCUGCAUAGGCUGUGGAAGGACAGGCUUGUUUCCAAGUUGAAUCCCUUUCCGGGGAUGAAGCAUCUCGACGUGGCUGGUGGAACAGGAGAUGUUGCUUUUCGUGUACUGGAAAGAAUUAAGAGCGUGGGCCACAGAGCUAUGCAGGGUACUCUUACUGAUACCGAAGAAGACACCCACAUUUAUGUCUGUGACAUUAAUCCAAAUAUGCUAAACGUUGGGAAGAAGCGUGCUGCAGAAAGAGGUUAUAGCGGAGAACAUUGUCUUAGCUGGAUACAAGGAGAUGCAGAAGCUCUGAGUUUUGAGGAUGGAUCUAUGGAUGGCUAUACUAUCGCAUUUGGGAUCAGAAAUGUGACACACAUUGAGAAAGCCCUAGCUGAAGCUUACAGAGUUCUAAAGCGAGGUGGGAGGUUCCUAUGCUUGGAGUUGAGUCAUGUGGAUGUCCCGGUAUUUAAAGAGAUCUACGAUGUUUAUUCUUUUUCUCUGGUUCCAACUAUGGGAGAGCUGGUUGCUGGUGAUCGACAGUCGUACCAAUACUUGGUUGAGAGUAUACGUCGGUUCCCAAAUCAGGAAAAGUUUGCUCAGAUGAUCCAGGAAGCCGGAUUCCAGAGGGUGGAAUAUGAAAACCUCGUGGGUGGUGUAGUUGCCAUUCACUCUGGACUGAAACUGUAGAAUAGCAAUCUGAACCAGGCAGCGAGACUUGGGCUGUAGGGUUUUUUUUUCCAUGUUGUUGGCCUCCGAACAAGGAUGGAUGUUUUCACCUCCUAAAAAUCAAAAGAUGAAGCGGCGUCAUCCCAUAGGAAGUGAUUUUGCAAAGGGUGGCUCUCCAAAAUGUAAUGAACGACAGGCAGAUUGUGUACCACCUACUUUCUUUUUUAGUCGACAUAAACCCUGGUAUACGUAUUGCUAAUUUAUGCCAAGUAAGUACAUUUCACA